GAAGUUAUUCAAGUUCGAAGUGAAAUCAAGACAAAUUGUAAAUUAUAUUCGGAUAUAAGUCUUCUCGAUUCAUUAUCUAUUUAUUGACGCUCGUAUCCAAUGAUCCAAUGAGCGUCAAAAUUUGCUUACUGUCAUUGCUGUCAAGAUUUUGAAGUUUUAGGGUUAUUUAUUUCAUGAGGGAAAAGUUCAGAGGUUGACGACACCCUCAUACAGUAGGAGAUUCUGAAACUUCGGUAAUAUGGAAAAACUUGCGGAAAAUCCACUUAUUUGUAGAGCUUGUUUGAAAAUUGUAGAAUAUAAAGCCCAGAGUUACGGAUAUAUUGAAGAUGCUAAUGGAAAUUUGAGAGAUAUGAUGAUGUGUUGUGUCCCAGAAAUGGACAUCUAUGUUUCUACUGAUCCAAUAAUAUGUUUUCCAUGUAUACAGCAUUUAGUGAAUGUAUACAAUUUUAAGACAAGAUGUAUCAAUACCGAGUCCAUAAUUCGCUCAUAUAUGCAGAAGAAUAAUUUAUCAGAGUAUGGUCAAGUUAAUCUUGUAUGUGUAGUACAGGAUUUGCUAAAAAUUAACGAAUACUAUAAGGAACAAGAGGAGAAGCGGAAACUAGUUAUGAGAGUAGAGAACGGAGUAAAUAAUCUUUCAACGCAUUCCAAUACAAAACAGAUUGUAAAUAGUGUGUUGCCCCAUGGUAGUGCACAAGUUUCGGCAAAUAUAAUGUCUCCCUUAUCCAUACCAUCCCCUAUAAAUAAUAUUCCUCACAUUGAUACCCAACAUCUUCUUAAUAAAAAUCCAGAUCAUAUCAGCCCCUCGUCCAAUGAAAACUCUCAACUUUCAUCUCACACUAUUCGUCCUCAAAUACCUUCACUUCCAUCCCAAAACUCAGUUUCUUUUUCCAUACCACUUGGUAAUGUGGGUCCUAUGCCUCCAGUUACAGGUCUUCUUUCCUUUCAAGGUAAACCCAAUGGUCCUGUAUUUUUGUUAGCUCCAACAAAUGCUAGUAUACCCCAAAACAAUAUUUUACCCCAAAGAAUACCCAGUGAACCACCACCACCCCCACCCCUAAUUUAUCAUGCCAAUUUACAUAAAUCCCCCACACUGUCUCAAACUGAAACUGACGUGUCAGUUCAAGAUCAAGGAAUAAGGAAUCAGGAAAUGUCAAGUAAAGGAUUAGACAAAGAAUUAGAUACCAUUACGAAAAAUAAAGCAAAGCCUUUUGUACAUCCUAUAGAAAGCAAAAUGAGGCUGGUAAUACGAAUUCCCAGGAGCAAAAUCUCUUUUCCAGAAGAAACUAGUGAAAUAGAAGAUGAUGAUUGUGACAACAAAAAUAAUGAUUCAUACGAAAUGGAGAAUAUGAGGGAAGAUGUGGAAAUGUCUGAAAAUGACUGCAUAUCCCCUUCAGAUCUGUAUGAGGAGGUCAAUCCCUGUAAUGAGCCAAAUUUCUUUGAGGCUUCAAAUAUUUAUGAAGAAGAGCCAAAUUCAUGUGAGGGUCCAACUUCUUGUGAGGAGCAGUCUACCUAUGAGGAACCGAAUCUCUGUGAGGAAUCAUAUGCCUGUGAUGAAACAAAUAUGUCAGCAGAGAAACACAUAAGUAAAAUCUACAACUGCACCUGCAUGUAUCUGACAACUUCGGAAACAUUGUUCAAUGAACACAAAAAAAAUUGUAAAAAUAAUUCGAAAAACUUGCUCAGGUGUCCCCACUGUCCUCAUGUAACAAAUCGCUCUUACGCCCUGAGCAAGCAUAUCAAUACGAUGCAUACAAAAGCAGUAUGGUUUCUCUGUGAAUAUUGUACGUAUCGUAGUACGGAUAAGUCUUGUCUCAGGAGGCACAUGCGAAAAAACCAUACAGAACACUCUUCUGUUGAAUGCGUAUGUAAAGUAUGUGGUCAUGUUUGUUCUAAUCAGUAUAACCUUAGUAAACAUAUUACGAAACAUGAAAUGUCUCCUCCUCUGAACUGUGAAUUCUGUUCAUAUUCCUCGAAAGACAGAAGUAAUUUUCGGAAACACAUAUUCACACAUAGUAUAAAAGAACUAGAUUGUGAAUUUUGUUCCUAUCAUAACGUUUCUCCCUAUCAAAUGAGAGUUCAUUUGAAAAAGUUUCACGAUGGAGUUGGUAUAGAAGACAUAGACUGCCAAAGUGAUCGGCCUGUGUCAGAGAUUAUCAAUGAUAUUAAGGCUGCUAUGGAAGAACAUCAGGUCAGCGAUGAUAUCAUUGAAUGAAUAUUUGUAUUAUUUUUCUGUGAUAAAAUAUGUGUACAGUUUGUUCCGACUGAAAUUCGUUUCUCUUUAGAAUGUUACUGUAGAUUUGACUAAAUCUAUUCAAUUGUUUAUUUUGUUUCAGCUGGUUAGGUUGAACUUUUCUGCAAACAAUAUUGAACUCUAAAAGCAUAUUAGAUUAUAUAAGUAAAGCUGAACUUUUACAACAUAUUUGGUAAUUUUUUCCUAGAUGCAAUAUCAUGUGUUUUAAGUAUAAUAUUUAUGCAUAUAAAUGAAAUACUUGUAUUACAUUGUAACAAUGUUCAUUGAUAAACCUAUACUAGUUUAGGUUUUAUUAGAGCCAUUUUCACAUUUUCUGGGUUAUGAUGCACUGUUUGGAACCUUUGGUGUAGUAAUGAAUAUUACUGGAGUUUUUU